CGGCCGGGCGGGAGUAAAGGGGCUGCCUAGGAGCCGCGCGAGCCUUCAGCAGAAGCGCGCUGCUUUGCCCUCCGCUGUCCCUGCUCCGCCCUCCGCAGCCCUCCACAGUCACCCCGGAGACCAGCCGUGUUAAGCUCUCUGCUCUGAAGCUGACUGACUUCCAUGGCAGCCGCGAAGAAAGCAGUUCUGGGGCCAUUGGUGGGAGCAGUGGACCAGGGUACCAGCUCGACACGUUUUUUGGUUUUCAAUUCAAAAACAGCUGAACUUCUUAGUCAUCAUCAAGUAGAAAUAAAACAGGAAUUCCCAAGAGAAGGAUGGGUAGAGCAAGACCCGAAGGAAAUCCUGCAGUCCGUUUAUGAGUGUAUAGAGAAAACGUGUGAGAAACUCGGACAGCUCAAUAUUGAUAUUUCCAACAUCAAAGCCAUUGGUGUCAGCAACCAGAGGGAAACCACAGUAGUCUGGGACAAGCUCACUGGAGAGCCUCUCUACAAUGCCGUGGCUGCUCCAGUUUCUCCUGGCUCUUCAGUUCCAGUUGCCGUUGUCCCCUCUGGCUCUUCAGUUCCAGCUGCUGGUGCUUCCUCAGUGUGGCUUGACCUAAGAACCCAGUCUACUGUUGAGAACCUUAGUAAAAGAAUUCCAGGAAAUAAUAACUUUGUCAAGUCCAAGACAGGCCUUCCACUUAGCACUUACUUCAGUGCAGUGAAACUUCGUUGGCUCCUUGACAAUGUGAAAAAGGUCCAAGAGGCUGUUGAAGAAAAUAGAGCUCUUUUUGGGACCAUUGAUUCAUGGCUUAUUUGGAGUUUAACAGGAGGAAUCCAUGGGGGUGUCCACUGUACAGAUGUAACAAAUGCAAGCAGGACGAUGCUUUUUAACAUUCAUUCUUUGGAAUGGGAUAAAGAGCUCUGCGAAUUUUUUGGAAUUCCAAUGGAAAUUCUUCCCAGUGUUCGGAGUUCUUCUGAGAUCUAUGGCCUAAUGAAAAUCUCUCAUAGCCUGAAAGCUGGGGCCUUGGAAGGUGUGCCAAUAUCUGGGUGUUUGGGGGACCAGUCUGCUGCUUUGGUGGGACAAAUGUGCUUCCAGGAUGGACAGGCCAAAAACACGUAUGGAACAGGGUGCUUCUUACUGUGUAACACGGGCCAUAAGUGUGUAUUUUCUGAACAUGGCCUUCUGACAACUGUAGCGUAUAAACUUGGCAGAGACAAACCUGUGUAUUAUGCAUUGGAAGGUUCCGUAGCUAUAGCUGGUGCUGUAAUCCGCUGGCUAAGAGACAACCUUGGAAUUAUUAAGUCCUCUGAGGAAAUUGAAAAACUUGCUAAAGAAGUAGGUACUUCUUAUGGCUGCUACUUUGUUCCAGCAUUUUCAGGGUUAUAUGCACCUUAUUGGGAGCCCAGUGCAAGAGGGAUCAUCUGUGGACUCACUCAGUUCACCAAUAAAUGUCAUAUCGCUUUUGCUGCAUUAGAAGCUGUUUGUUUCCAAACACGAGAGAUUUUGGAUGCCAUGAAUCGCGACUGUGGAAUUCCACUCAGUCAUUUACAGGUAGAUGGAGGAAUGACCAGCAAUAAAAUUCUUAUGCAGCUACAAGCAGACAUUCUGUAUAUUCCAGUAGUAAAACCAUCCAUGCCGGAAACAACUGCGCUAGGCGCUGCCAUGGCGGCUGGGGCUGCAGAGGGGGUUGGUGUGUGGAGUCUUGAACCUGAGGAUUUGUCAGCUGUCACAGUGGAGCGGUUCGAACCUCAGAUCAAUGCUGAAGAAAGUGAAAUCCGUUACUCCACAUGGAAGAAAGCUGUGAUGAAGUCAAUUGGUUGGGUUACAACUCAGUCUCCAGAAAGUGGUGACCCUAGUAUCUUCUGUAGUCUGCCUUUGGGCUUUUUUAUAGUGAGUAGCAUGGUAAUGUUAAUCGGAGCAAGGUACAUCUCAGGUAUCCCAUAAAUAAUAUCACCUCACGGAUUUCCAAGAUGCAAGCUUUUUAAUGUGAUAUGAAAAUCUGACUAUUCUGUCUCAUAAUAUAAUGAUGCUAUUCAUAGACUCUGAUUUUUUUCAUAAGCCACUGGCUGCAUGAUCCUCCAAGCAGACAUAUGACUUAAAAUAAAGAAAAUGCAGCAGAAAGAAUCCUCCAGAAACUUUUUUUUUAACAUUGACAGUUAAGAUUGGGUCAGUCACCUUUGGGGCUGACCCCUGCCUCCACUGUCAUGAUGUCCUACACUAUUCCCAUUAAGGUCUAGGGUGAUUUUGUAUUCUGUCUAUUGAAAUGUGCCAUCCAGUAUAUUCAGAUGCUAGUGAGUUACACAUGUUUGAGGAAGGGGUUGUUAUUAACCUCUUCAAAAUGAGUGGCUUCUUGCUUGUUUGCUUUUAACUUCUCAAACCUCUUCUUUUCUAUAUAUUAGAAGGCCACAACAUUACUGGAUAUUUCAAUGGAAACAUCUAAAGAAUUAUUGGAUAAUGGUUUGCUAUUCUUGUUGCUUAAAUAUUUUCUGUACAGUGUUUGCCAAAAUUGAACCUUGUCAGGUGUUUUACACUGUUCCACUAACUGCCAUGGCUUUCUGUCUCGAUCUUACAGGAUACACUUUCUUUUCUGCUUUUUUUUUUUUCAUUUCUCCUUUUUAUAUUUUUAUUCUGUAUGUAUAACAUACAUGCCUAUAUAUUUUAUAUGCUGAGAGUAGCCCAUUUAUAAAUUAAGAGCACAUUAUAUUCAGUAAGUUAUAAGAGGGCUGGUCUUAAGUGGACUACUAUGUAUAUAAAUUUGGGGGGCAAGCUGUAUACAUUUUUGGGCAACGGUUAUGCAUAUUAUUUACCAGAAGAAAAUUUUCUUAUAAAAUCAAACAUUUAAAACUUAAGUAUGUAUUCAGUCAAUUAAAAUGUACUAUAUUGUAAUUUCAACUAUAUUUCUUAUACUCUACCAUUUCAUUAUCUCAGCUGGAAGAAAAGUAACUGUGGCAUGUAACAGUAAAUACUCUUCUCAAACAUGAUUCUAGUCCAAAUAAAAUUUUUCCUUUGAAUUGAUGUUUUCCAUAUUUGAGCUCCUAUUGAAGAAUUGUCAAAUUCAAAAGCUAAAAGUGGAAAAAUAUAUGUGAAUAAAGCCAAUAAUGCCUUUUAAAUGUUAUUACCCAUUAAUAAGAUGUUCUUAUUUUCUGGUAUGAUAGAAAAUUAUUUCUACUUAAUGUCAUAACUGACAAAAACAACUAUCAUUACAAAUGCCUCACGGUAUAACCAAUAACUUCUCAAAUAUUUAGAAUUAUUGGUUAUAACUCAUUAACCUAGCUUCCUAACAUCAAUUUAAAAAUAUAUUUGUUUUAUAGUAAAAAAAUAAGAAAAUGAUACUUUCUAAAAAAAUAAGAAAAUGAUACUUUCUAAUUAUUUUGUUUUAUCAUUUUGGAAUGGAAAAUAUUGAUAUAUUAAUAGAAAAAGUUUUAUUUGGAAUUAAUGAUAGAUUGUAUUUCCUGUUCUGAAUAUGCUGCUCCUAAUGAUUGAAUCUGCUGGGUUUUACUGAUACAGCUGCCACGUAAGUGGCAUAAAUAUAGAAAGGUACUGUGAAAUUGUUAUGGCAGUGAUACUUUCAAACUCAGUUAUAUCUCUACAAAGGCAGGUUGAGUUCAUUGUAAAUAAUUGUGUAAAUCACUGUUCUAGUAAUUUUAAAAUAACAUUAAUUUUUCUACAAAAUGCGAGAUUUAUAAAUGUUUGAAAUUGUACCUAUUGAUAAUUAAUGGUAAGUUUACUUACAAUAAAUGUACCCCUUAUUUCUUCUUUGCAUUUCUCAUUUCCAGAUGAAAGUUUGGUUAUCAGAGAUGUUUCAGCAGACACAAAAGCCACUUUUCAGUACUUGGUCACAUGCACUAACAAGCCAAUUAGCCGCAGAAGUGGUUUCUGGAAUAAUAAACACCUUAUUUAUUCUGUUAGAACAGAGUAGACAGUUGCUACCUCAGCAUUUUCAGAAAACACAUUUUCAAGGCUAAAGGCCAUCAUCAGUAGAGUCUCCCCUUACUGAGACCUCCUUAUCUCUAGGUUUCAUCCUUUGCCUCAGCUUCUGUCUAGCUGGGUUAGUCACUGAGGUCUGGAACACUGUUGCUCUUUCAUACUAAUGCCAACAUCACCACAUUUUGUUCUCCAGUUGAUCUGUAAAAUCAAUAAUGCAUUAAUGCUUCUUUAUUAAUAUCCUUUGUUUUGUUUUUUUUUUUUUUUGAGACAGUGUCUCACUAUGUAGGCCUGAUUGUCCU